AUGCCAGCGCACCUCAGCCGCAAGUGCCCGACGCUUUCCAUUCAGCCUUAUAAAUUCUUGGAGGAAAAGAUGGACAUCGAAGCCAGUGCAGCUUCUGUCCAGGGCACUACCGCUACCAGCAUACCGAGUCAUGAGCAUCCUGGAACCAUCAUCGCCUGGCAGACGAGUCCAGCCCCACCAGCAAAUUCAGGUCAUGUGCGUCGACGUGGGCUAGUGAAGGCUGGUUCAACAAUGGAGAGGACGAGGACCGAACGCAAGGAGUACGGAUCCACGGACGCUUUUUGGCAGCAUUUCGUGCAUCGCAGGGAGAAAAUGACCGACCCGGAGGACGAAGAACUUGUCUGGAACCAAAUCCGCGCACACUAUUACGCUCGAAGAGGGAUUUGGAGAAAGUACAUCAGCCUUGCCGACGUCGAGAAAGUCGAACGUGUCAAGAUCCGCUUUGCAGGGUUCAAUAAGCAGAAGGAUGCUUUCAUAGGCAAGUUCGAGCCACUUGACACCUCUGAACGGCGCGAGAACCUCAAGAAAUCCGCUGAGCGAUGGAGGGCCGGUGUGGACCCAAAUGAGGGGCCGGGAUGCGUCUAUAUCCCGAGCACAGACACCUGA